UUAGGCCUAUUUCUUUGAUUCACAUGCAUUGAUAUAGUCAGAUAUUUUCUUUCGGUUGCCUUCUCAAACUUUCUCUGCAGCAGCAGUGUUUAUUUCUGCUUUGUAAAUGCAUUUAAUUUCAUGGAUUUUUUCGUAACAAUCUCUUAAUCUUCAGAAGAGAAGUGAAUUCGCCGUGUCGCGAGAAGUGAAUCAAACAGACGCUCUCCAUGUUUCGUGUGAUUGGCUGUUUGCCGCAGGUGUCACACUUUCAGGUGCACGCGCUUCAGAGUUAAUCGCAAACUCUGGAUUAAACCUGAGCUGACAGAGAAUGUUUAUAGCGUUGUGAGCCCGUUGAGCCUGAUCUAAUAACCAGGUUGGAUUUAUAUAGAUUUAUCAACUCCAAACAUACUUUGAAACUCAGUAUUUGUUUAACUAGGUGUGUGAGGGAAAGAUUAAAAAACCACAUCCGUGUGAUCAGAAACUCCACGCUCUUACAACACUCACCUGGAAAAGACUGACUUGUUUUUUUUUUUCUUUUCUGUCAUAUAAUAUCUCAACAAAAGCAAUGAAGAAUCAGUGAUCAAUGAAGCACGAAGAUUAAAAACUUUCAGGAAGGAUUUGAAGUGUUUGUUCCUGAACAGACAGAAGAUCUUUGUGAUUAUUCAUUUUUUAAAGCUUUGAUUCAGAAAGUGAAAGUAAAGAUCAGAUUUCUGGAGCUCAAACACUGAAAAUGGCUUCACUGUCUGAAGAUGAUUUGUCUUGUCCUGUGUGUCGUGAAAUCUUCAAGGCUCCUGUUCUUCUGUCAUGUAGUCACAGUUUCUGUAAAGAGUGUCUUCAACAGUUCUGGAGAACCAAGGAAACUCAGGAGUGUCCUGUCUGUAGGAGAUUGUCAAGACACGAGCCUCCAUGUAAUCUUGUGUUAAAAAACUUGUGUGAGUCCUUCCUGAAGGAGAGAAAUGAGAGGCGUUCAUCUGGAUCUGAGGAGAUCUGCAGUUUACACAGUGAGAAACUCAAACUCUUCUGUCUGGAGGACAAACAGCCUGUGUGUUUAGUGUGCAGAGAUUCACAACAACACGAAAAUCAUAAAUUCAGACCCAUCAGUGAAGUGGUUUCAUCAUAUAAGGAGGAGCUUAAUACAGCACUGAAGUCCUUACAAGAGAAACUUAAACACAAUGAAAACAUUAAAGGAGAGUUUGAGAAAACAGUUCAACACAUCAAGUCUCAAGCUGAGCACACAGAGCAUCAGAUUAAACAACAGUUUGAGAAGCUUCAUCAGUUUCUCAGAGAUGAAGAAGAAGCUACAAUCACUGCACUGAGGGAGGAAGAGGAGCAGAAGAAGCAGAUGAUGAAGGAGAAGCUGGAGGAGAUGAACAGACACAUCUCAGCUCUUUCACACACAAUCAAAGACAUGGAGGAGAUGAUGAAAGACAAUGAUGUCUGCUUUCUGAAGAAGUUUCCAGUCUCAAUGGAAAGAGUCCAGAUCUCACAGCCGGAUCCACAGAUGGCUUCUGGAGCUUUGAUUCAUGUGCCACAUUACUUGGGCAACCUGCAGUUCAGAGUCUGGAAGAAGAUGCAGGACAUCAUCCAAAACAGUGAGUCUGGAGAAGCUCCUGUGAUUCUGGAUCCAAACACUACUCAUCCAUCUCUCAUCCUGUCUGAUGAUCUGACCAGUGUGAGAUACAGCGGGAUCAAUCAACUGCUUCCUGACAAUCCAGAGAGAUUUGACUGUUAUCAGUGUGUUCUGGGAUCAGAGGGUUUUAACUCAGGAACACACUGCUGGGAUGUGGAGGUUAAAGAGAAUUCAUGGUGGGUUCUUGGAGUAACUACAGCAUCAAACCAGAGGAAGGGACUUGAUUUCUAUAAAACUGAUGUCUGGUGGGUGCAGUAUGGACUUAGUGGGUCUGGUUUUCAUGUUAAACAGAAUCUUGAUCAUGUGAGAGUGUAUCUGGACUAUGACAGAGGAACGGUGUCAUUCUCUGAUCCUGUAACUAACACACAUCUACACACAUUCACAACCACCUUCACUGACACACUCUUUCCAUUCUUUGAAUUUUCUAACUCUCUGAGGAUCUUACCGGUCAGUAGUCAGUAAUCAUGUUUCCGGUAUUUAAUCCAAAUCACGCGUAAGAGUGCUGUUAAUCUGAAUAUCAGUAAGGCUGUGAUUGGGCCACAGGUGAUCACAUGACUGAUUUCCAGCACUACAGUAACACUCACAGGCCCGGUUUCAUAGACAGGGCUUAGGCUAAGCCAGGAUUAGGCCUUAUUUCAUUUAGGGCAUAUAAGUAGCUUUUAUAAAUGUGCCCUAGAAAAAACAUAACUGGUGUGCAUUUUGAGACAAAACAAUAGCAGUGACAUAUUUUAAGAUAUGUCAGUGCAAGUUGUUUUUUAGUUAAACAGCUCAAACAUGCAUUUUAGUCUAGGACUAGCUUAAGCCUUGUCUUUGAAACCGGGGGACAGUCUCUUAUUGCUGUUAUACAACAGAUCAAUAAACAAGUAGUUCGAAAGUUUAUUCAUCUAAGAUUAAUCAAUCUGUAAAAUCAUUGUUCAUAAAGUCCAUCCCAUUUUGUCUGCUGAGGUGAAGUUAAUAUCAAAUUACUAAUUUUAGUCUCAAUUAUUACGUUUGGGGAUGUGUUUUCGGUGUGUGUGCCUCUCUCUCUCUCUAGACAGGGAAGAUUGUUGUCAUUUGUUUCUUUUUUCUUUCACAUAGGUUAUUUAGAGUUCCUGGGUUUAGUUAGGGACCUGUUUUGUUUAUUAUUUUGGCACUGCCAAAUCCUGAAGAGAUUGCCUUGUUACUGUAUAGUGACAAAAGAGACCUAAAGAAUAAAUAAAUAAAUGAAUAAACAUACAG